UUAGGGACCAAUGUGCAAUUUCAUAUCAGCGAGGCAGUUGGUGAUGUUUUGGUGGUUUCAGAACUGGAUUGUGUCCAACUCCCUUUGUCGCUUGAUGAACUUCCGCAGCUUGUCCCUUACCUGGGUUGUCUGUACAAUGUUGUAGAAGUUAUUCAUCGCCUGUGUUACACCAGUAAUGCCAUCAAAGUCAACGAUAGCUUUGGGUCUACAUUAGAACCAAAGGUGAUUAAGGCAAUAAUGGAAAAAUCGACGGAUAGAACCCGCGAUCAUCCGUUUUGCCACCCAUACCACUCAUAUAUAUACCUUCCUUUAAAUCAUUCCAUUUCUUUAUCCUAUAAUAUAUCCACUUGUACUGUACGGUAUGUAAAAAUACCUGUAUUUAAACAAAUAAAAUAA